AUGUACACCAGCACCUUCAUCUCCACCGCCCUCUUCGCCGCCACAGUCCUCGCCCAUGGAAACAUCACAUCCCCACCAGCCCGCCAGCCCGGACCCGCAAUGGCACAAGCAUGCGGCGCGGCCAGCGUAUCUGCCAUCCUCGCCGACGGCACCGGACCUCUAGAGAACAUCCCCUCCAACGGCUCCCCCAACUGCAACAUCUUCCUCUGCAAAGGCGCGCAAUUCGCCGACAACGCCGCCCUCGUCCAAACCCUGUCCCCGGGCUCCGUCGUCCCCUUCACCGCGGAGCUCCCCAUCCCGCACGAAGGCCCCGCCAACGUCUCCAUCGUCGACACGGCCACCAACUCCAUCCUGUUCGGCGUCCCGCUGCUCGAAUUCGAUUCGUAUGCGGACGAGAAUCUCGCGGUGCUGCCGGCGAAUAACACGGCGUUUGAGGUGACGCUGCCGACGGCGACGGGGGGCAGGUGCGAGACGCCGGGGGAGUGUGUGUUGCAGUGGUUUUGGUUCGGGACGAAUGCGGGGCAGACUUAUGAGAAUUGUGUGGAUUUUGUUUUUGCGUGA